AUGGGUAAUCAAACGUUGUCAGAAUUUUAUAAAAAAGAUAAAAAAGCCAAGACAAUAGUCCAACAGAUUUAUAAUUAUAUGGCGAGGAACGAGUUGCAAUUCGGCAUUCUUACGACUUAUGAAGAUCAUUGGUUUAUGUGGCGGCCCACCUCUACGAAAGUUUUCAUUUCGCAUACUCUUCAAUUAAAGUCGGCAUUUCCGCUGGUGCUGAAGGCAUGGGCAUAUCUAGGGCAACGUGCUGAAAAGGACUAUUAUUCACCCAACACACUCCUUAUUAAUGUGAAGAGUGAAUUGCAAUCUGGGAAUUCAAGCCAGGGCACUACGCACUGUUAG